ACUAAUUGCUGUUGAGUGUGUAUUCAAAAUAUAAUUACGUCCUACAAGCUACAGCCGCCAUUAGAAAGUGAAGUCAAACAGGCAACAAUUUCAACGAUGACCUAUGGGUAAUCUCGAGUAGAAUGAUGGCAAGAAGUUGUCGUUAUCCAGGUCCAGGACUAUUCAUGGGUUUGAGACCUUAAAUCGAUUUAGCAUUUAGUUAAAUUACUGCACAAUGUGGUAUGGUGCAACAUUGGAUGGCCAGUUUGGUAACGUAGUGCACAUUUCGUGCAGAGAGAGAAACUGACCAAUAAUGUCGCUGCCUUCCAAGCUUCAAGUUCAAAUCAUUGGACGCAUAUGCAGCGGUUUGAAGCCGAUAAGGAGAUUGAAUAGAAAGGAGAGGCGGCACAUAUAGUGAUUUCGGUUCACAAUCCGUGUGGAUGUAUGACACUUCUUUAUUGAAAUCGACCGUAGGGGAAAGUGUCGUUAAAGAGAAAACGAGGAUGUGAUUUCCCACUGGGUGAAUUUGAUAUUCAUGGGGGUAAACUCACCUUGUCCUACUUUUCCAAGAGCCCUCUUGAAGCACAUGGAAAAGAUCUGUGUAGGGGAGUACAGGAGCAUGGCUGACCGUCUGGACUAUUUCAGCGAAGCUCGGUCCAGACAAGAAUCGGCUUCCUAGCCGUCAUUUCUCGACCAAAGCCUAAGCCCCUCUCAGACACACUCCUGCUUCACCAGCUCCCUGAAAUCAAUGCUACACUAUUUAUAUCAUGGGAUGCGUCAAAUCCAAGAAGAGCGAUCCGACCCAGUACGCCAACUCUGUGGAGAAGUUGGACGGCAAGCUUGGGAAGCGAUGGGGCGAGAAUGCGCUGCUGGUCCACUCGGAGACGGGGUCAGGGAAAGACUCUGCCCGGGUGGACCCCAUCCUGCUGGAGUAUGCCCAGCGGCUGUCGGAGGAGAUUGUGGCCCGGGCAGUGCAGCAGUGGCUGGAGGUGGACAGCCGCUACAGUGACAUCCCCUACAUUGAGUGUGACGUGCCAUGAGGGGGGGGGGGGCAGAGGCAGUGCAAGAGGCAUUUCUGUUCUGGGAUUCACCUUGACCCUUUGGGGAGAGGAGGACAAAUGGAUGCCCAGAAGACAGGAGACCGGACAGCACUCCGAUUCAGGGUGAAACAAAACACUACGAACAUGUACCAGCUGGAGAUGACAAGAUGUUGAUCCCAAUCUAUGGUCCAAAGCCAUUUUUCUGUUUAAUUAAUACAUACUUGGAUGUUGUAACUCAUCUGGUGACAUUUUGACCUUGACUAACAGACAAAGACCUUGGCUACUCCUCUCAUAUUCAAUCUAGACCAUGUGCUUCCCUCUAUCGUUAGCUAGAGGAUGAGAGUUGGGGUGUGUUUGGUUAAACUGGCUUGGAAGCCAAUAAAACAGGAGAGUAUCAUUGAAUCCUGCUUUGAAAAUUACCGGUUCUGCCUUUCAGGAAAAGUAUACCAUUUUUUUUUUUUGCUUGACGUGUGCCACAUCAUGGGGCCAAAUUUCAGGGCCUAUGUAGGAAAUUAUUAAUUGGCCCCUCAAGUGUUUUUCACUUGAACUGUUUGCUGGGGUCAGCAGGUACACACCUCCCUCUCUAUCUGUCUUCUCAGGCAGAAGCUCCCAGGUUAGGGAUAUUGGAUAAUGGUGUCCCAGGGGGCCUGUGGUCCACAUCCACCAACAAAGGAAACUCAUUCUUCAAACUACCCAUGAAGUAGGUCCGGGACGAUACCAGUAUCGCGAUAUUCGUUAGUAUCGUGGCAAGGAAACAAAACAUGAAGCGAAUUUAACUUCAGCCCUGAUGUUGGAAACGAAAAUCAUUAUGUUAUCCAGAGUCCCGUUCAUUUAUUUUCCAAGCUAUAGCACACAAUAUUUUACAUACAGCAGGUUUUUAAAGGACCAAAGAGCUUCGUGUUUUCAUUUUUGCCAUGGAAGGAAUAUCGCGAUACUGGUAUCGUCCCGGCCCUACCAUUAAGCAGGUCUGCCCACGAGCUGCAGUAUCCUAGGACCUGACUACGGUCACUUUGACAAAAUGAUGCUCGAGGAAUGUUUUACAGAGGUUCAGCGUCCUCCCAUUUUGUGAAUUUGAAUGCCAAUGACAAUAGGACAUUCCUGAGGGCUGGCUAGGUCCACAUGCCAUGAGUAAAUCAGAACAUUAGGACGGAUUCACACACUUUUACCGUGACUUUUCUUCUGGGCACAAAAAGUGUGCUGGGUUCACAAAUACCUUUUGUUUUGGCCAAAAUGUCUAGGGCCAAGCACCCUGGUUUUCACGUACUGUCUUCUAUCCAAUGAUGAACUACUGCCAUCUGCCCCAUAGAAUUUACAGCACAAAUAUGCAACUCUAAAAGGCCAUGCUAUUUUUAUUAAGAGCAAAUGGCUUCUUAAUAGUACGAUGCUAUUUUAACAGGCCAAAGACACAUAUAUUCACAACAGAGAGUUGAGUUGUUUGGAAUAGGGGACCACAACUGCCAAAGUCCUUAAUGAAUGCUAAUACAAGCACAAUAUGUUUGAUGGGCUUUCUUAUGACGUUUAUUUGAUAGAAGGUGAUAUUAGUGAGUUUUAGUCAUAGCACGUCAGUUCCCACCCUACCACAAACAAUGUUCAAGAAGCUUUAAAAGGUGCAUUAGUCUAGGCUGGGCAACAUGGUACAUUUCCAGAGCGUUAAUUAGGGUGCUAUUGUAUACACCACAAAGAACAAGUGGACAUUAUUUGACUGGAAAAUAAAGUUUUGUUGAAGUUUGGAAUGUGUAUCUCAAGUGAGAAUUCAGCUGGCAGGGCGUUAGGUUUGCUCAGCAAAAAAUGUGGUGGUGUGCUUUAAAUGCGACACCAAAAAUCCAUUAUAGUUAAAAGCAACAAAUACUGUUUAUAAUGACAUUUGCACUAAUCUGGGUUGAGAGAUUAAUCUCUUGAACCAUCCCAAAAAAUUCUGUAAACAAAUUUAAAAGCCUGUCGAAUGCCUCCGUCGAAACAGUUUGCGCGUGUAUUACAACAACAUUUUGUGACGUUAUUCUUUGUUUUGUGUUUCUUUUUUUUGCCUGUUCGCGCACACAAACAUUUUUCUUGAGGCAAGUUUAAGUUCAGUAGCCCGAGUAUAUGCCCCUUUGUCGGUGAUUGGUGCUACUCCUAGUAGCAGUGGGAACUAUAGACAGGAUUCUUGAAUGAGAGACGACAAAUUUUCAUGCACAUUUUCUCACUUGAGAAAUACUGCACCAAACAUCUUAGCUAGAUGUAAAAUUACUAAGACCUCCUCAGCAAAAAUGCCAACAUUAAUUACUAAUAAUUCUUGAUUUAUCUUUGAUUAAUUCUGACUCUUUUGAGGAAGUGUUACUGGCUAAGUUGUUGCUACGGUAUCUCAAGAGGGUCAAACUAUAAUAUUGCUGCUUCUUUCUUGUUUUUCAAGCAAAGGUCUUUUAAGGGAGUUUGCUAGUAGCAAACCAAACCUAGUUUGUGGGCCCAUUUAGCGGUGACCCAAUUUUUUCCCCAUACUGAAUUCCUUAAUCUAAGAACUGGGAGGUGGAGGGUUUAGAAACAAAUCACUGUUAUCACUGCUUCAGCUAAAUGUUUUAACAACUUAUAGAUAAAGCUGCAAAAAACAAUACAUUCAAAAGUUGUUUUCCAUUAAGCUUGAUUUUGACUCCAAUAAAUUGGUUGAUAAAAGUAAUGUUUUAGUAUGCAGAAGACAGCUGGCACUACAGUAUAUACUGUAUACAAUGCAUUCGGAAACUAUUCAGACCCCUUGACUUUUUCCACAUUUUGUUACGUUACAGCCUUAUUCUAAAAUGGAUUCAAUUGUUUUUUCCCCCUCAAUCUACACACAAUACCCCAUAAUGACAAGGCAAAAACAGGGUUUUGGUCUCAAGUCUUCUUGGGUAUGACGCUACAGGCUUGUAUGUGGGGAGUUUCUCCCAUUUCUUCUCUGCAGAUCCUCACAAGCUCUCAUGUUGGAUGGGGAGCGUCGAUGCACAGCUAUGUUCAGGUCUCUCUCCAGAGGUUCAAGGCCACUCAAGGCCAUUCAGAGACUUGUUCCGAAGCCACUCCUGCGUUGUCCUGUUGGAAGGUGAACCUUCUCCCCAGUCUGAGGUCCUGAGUGCUCUAGAGCAGGUUUUCAUCAAGGAUUUCUCUGUACUUUGCUCCAUUCAUCUUUCCCUCAAUUCUGACUAGUCUCCCAGUCCCUGCCCCUGAAAAACAUCCCCACAGCAUGAUACUGCCACCCCCAUGCUUCACCUUAUGGAUAGUGCCAGGUUUCCUUCAGACGUGACGCUUGGCAUUCAGGCCAAAGAGUUCAAUCUUGGUUUUCAUCAGACCAGAGAAUCUUGUUUCUGAGUCCUUUAGGUGCCUUUAGGCAAACAUGUGCCUUUUACUGAGGAGUGGCUUUGCCUGGCCACUCUACCAUAAAGGCCUGAUUGGAGGAGUGCUGCAGAGAUGGUUGUGCUUCUGGAAGGUUCUCCUAUCUCCACAGAGGAACUCUGGAGCUCUGUCAGAGUGACCAUCGGGUUCUUGGUCACCGCCCUUCUCCCCCGAUUGCUCAUUUUUGCCGGGCGGCCAUCGCUCAGAAGAUUCUUGGUGGUUGCAAACUUCUUCCAUUUAAGAAUUAUGUAGGCCACUGUGUUCUUGGGGACCUUCAAUGCUGCAGACAUUUUUUGGUACCCUUCCCCUUGACACAAUCCUGUCUCGGAGCUCUACGGACAAUUCCUUCGACAUCAUGGCCUGAUUUUUGCUCUGACACGCACUGUCAACUGUGGGACCUUAUAUAGACAGGGGUGUGCCUUACCAAAUCAUGUCCAAUCAAUUGAAUAUAUCACAGGUGGACGCCAAUCAAGUUGUAGAAACAUCAAGGAUGAUCAAUGGAAACAGGAUGCUCCUGAGCUCAAUUUUGAGUCUCAUAGCAAAGGGUCUGAAUACAGUAUUUUGUUUGUUUUAUACAUUUGAUAAACCUGUUUUUGCUUUGUCAUUGUGGGGUAUUGCGUGUAAAUUGAUGAGGGGAGAUAAUGUAUUUAUCUAUUUUAGAGUAAGGCUGUAACGUAACAAAAUGUGGAAAAAGUCAAGGGGUCUGAAUACUUUCCGAGUGCACUGUAUUUCAUUACAAUAAAACUGCGAUAGCGUCGAACACAGAAAUCCAAUGCCUUGGAUAUGGUCAAUGUUGCAGUUCACAAUGCUUCCAGCUUGAAAGAAAUACAAGGAAUACCAACGUAUGUACAAACUAGGUGUACCUGGAUUCUUUCCUUCGAAAUAUGAUGUCAGUAUCGGUAACAAUGGCGAAAUUUCACUUGAGUUACAGUAACAUCUUGUAACAUCAGUCUUUCAGUCAACCCUUUGGUUUGAUUAUGAACAAAAUGUGUUUUCUGUUGGGAGAUCCUAAUGCUUCUUUUGCAUCAUCUGAAUCUAUAUAUUUAUGUAAUAUUCAUUUCACCUGCAGCACUGUACAGGUCUGUAAAUGACUAAUUGAAAAAAAAUGUGAAUACCAAUAAAGCUGAAAAUUAUGCCUUCUACCAUUGA